AACGUACCCGGUUGGAACAGUUAAUUGUUUACAGGGGCGCUGUAUAAUCUGGACUUGAAUGUUAUGGCCGAGAAGCCCAGUAAAAUGGAUUUAUUUUUCCUUUUUAUAUAAAAAUACAAUCUUUGUAUAUAUUUCUUGAUUUGAAAUCUAAAAAUUAAGCGAUUGAAUAAUAAUUAAAAAAAAACAUAUCGUAACGCACCCCUACUACUGCGAUGGUUUGAACCCAAUGUUCUGCAUUUGCGCGAUGUGAUGACGUAAUGUGACAAUGUGCGGUAAUAUUUGAGUUUGUGUGUGCAUGACUUUAUUAUUUUAAUAUUAUAUAGUAAGUUAAGGGCAAUUUAUUGUUGACAAAAUAAUGAGUAUCGAACAACUUGAACUGAAUCCUAGAAUCAUCAAAGCAGUCAAUAAUGCUAACAUUGGCGUAGCCAGGGACAUUCUCAAGUUUUCGGGACCCGACCUUCAGCGACUGACAAGAUUGUCCGCAUCUGACGUUCAUCAUCUUCAAACCGCCGUAGCUGCACUUUUCUGUAAAAAAACACCCGUUUCUGCUCUACAGCUUUACCGUGGGGAGUGUCCCGAGUGGGACUGUGGACUGCGUGUGUCGCUGGGGUGUCCGGUCCUGGAUGGUGUGCUCAGAGGUGGUCUCCUUCCCUGGGGUCUUACUGAGCUUGCCGGGCCCAGUGGAGCAGGGAAGAGCCAGCUGGCCAUGCAGCUCUGUCUCUCAGUGCAGUACCCAGUGCAGUAUGGAGGACUGGGCUCCGGUGCUCUGUACAUCUGUACAGAAGACUCUUUCCCCAUCAGACGUUUGAAGCAGCUGCAGAAUGAGCAGCCGAGUCUGAGGAGCGAUGUUCCUCCAGACGUGGUCUCCAGCAUCUGCUUCUCUGACAACAUUUACGUGGAGCAUGCUGCAGAUCUGGGGGCGCUGAUGGCGUGUGUGUCCCAGAGGGUGCCGGUGCUGCUGGCCCAGGGCCGGGUCAGGCUGCUGGUGGUGGACUCGGUGGCCGCUCUGUUCCGCUCCGAGUUCCAGGCGGACCAGGGCCUUGAGCGGUCGCGCCACCUGACGGCCUUCGCCACCGCCCUGCACAAGCUGAGCGCGUCCUACCAGCUCCCCAUCCUCUGUGUCAACCAGGUGACUGAUGUGAUGGAAGGGGAUUCUAACCAUGAUGCUGGGUUGAGACCAGUGGACAGUAAGGUGGUUCCCGCCCUGGGCAUGGCGUGGGCCAAUCAGGUGAUGGUCCGACUGAUGGUGACCCGCCUCCCAGGAGCGGUCUCCAUGGGAACUCAGAGCAGCGCUCGCCGCCGGUUGGAGGUGGUGUUCGCUCCUCACCUGGCCAGAGACAGUUGUCUGUUUGGGGUGUGGAGGGAGGGAACCAGGGGGCUUCCUUCUCCCCCAACACAGGACACCAGCUCAUGACCACAACCCAAUUCUGUUGACCACUCCCCCUUAACAUACCGCCGCCCUUCAUGCCCCCAUGGGUCCGCCCUCUCGGCUCACCAGAUGUAUUGUGUGGAACCGAUGAUUAUUUAACUCUUCUGCGAACAUGUAGAUAUGUAAAUGUUAUCUUUUUUUAUUUGAUUAAGAAUAUAUUGAGUUUUAUCUUUGUGUUGCAUGUUUUAAAUAAAACAUUCAACAGAAA